AUGGCAUCAAAACCUCAGACGCAAACAAUUGAUCUCUCUCAGCUCGGCCUUCAGCAAUUGUCUGAAGUCAAGAAACAACUCGAUGAGGAGCUGGAACAUCUUACGAACUCGUUUACACAACUACGUUUAGCGCGCCAGAAGUUCCAGGACUGUAUCGCCGCGAUUCAGGCAGGGAUCAAGCCUGAGAAUGAGAACAAAGAUAUCCUCGUACCACUGACAUCGUCUCUGUACGUCCCCGGAAAACUCACCGAGCCGGAUGCUGUCAUUGUCGACGUUGGCACAGGAUACUACGUCGAGAAGACCAGCGCGGAUGCCACCAAGUUCUACCAGGAGAAGUGUAACUUCAUUGAGACCAAUAUGAAGGAGUUGGAGAAGGUGGUACAGCAGAAGAGUGCGAACCUUCGUGCGAUUACGGAGGUGAUGAGUGAGAAGAUGCGUAUGGGUCAGAGCGCGUUGAAGCAAGAGGAGGCAGAAGCAUGA